CUCAACUCGUUUUCAUUUCAAAAAUUUAAUUUUCCUUUGUCAUUGUUUUAUUGAUUUCGUUUAAUUUCAUAUUUGUAAUUUUGUUAUUUUGUUAAAUUCUAGCCUAAUUAUUAAAAUGGCCGAUCAACAACAACAGCAACAACAAUCACAACCUCAACAGCAGCAACAACAACAACAGUCUAGCAAAGGAAAUAAGGAUGAGUCAGAGAUUGAUUUUAUUCUUGAAGAGGAUGAUGAUUUUGAAGAGUUUCCAGCUGAAGAUUGGACCGAAAAGAUUUGCCAAGAUCCUGAAUUCACCAUUUGGGAUGACAACUGGGAAGAUGAUAACACCAAUGAUGAUUUCUCUAACCAGCUCAAAGGUUUACUAAUGGAACAUAAAUUCCAAUAGAUGUCAUAUUUUCUUCCGGGAACAUUUCAACUCUUUCUCUGUUUCACCUUUAACUCUAACCUCUGUCAAUUCACUAUUAACAGUUACUCUAAUUUUCAUACAAUUAACCUUUUCCAUCUCAGUGUCCUUGUUGGUUAAUUGAAUUCCUUUUGUACUCCAUAACACAAAUUCUAUCGAGAAACGAUUAAAAUGAUUUCUUAAUCAUUACAAA